CAAUGCUACAUUUCAAAAGAAAAUGGAGGGUUUAGGGCUAGGUCAAGCGAUGGUGGACGCGGGCGGGGGAUUACGAGUCCAGCUCCAGCACGUCGCGGAUCCAGUCUUCUCGGCUCUCCAAUCCGAUCGCAACAGGAUUCUGGAUGUUUUCAAGCAAGCGAUCUCGCACUCGUCGCCUGCUGCGUCGGUGGCGCUAGCGACGAUGCAGGAGGCGAUGAAGCCCCAGAAGCACGCCGUGUUGGUCCAGGACGAGAAUCAGCUCCUGGAAAACGCAUUGCGCUUGCUGCUCCAAGAACUUGUGGGCGCUGCUGUGGAUGCCGGGGAGCCCGUAAUGCAGUAUGGGCGUUCUAUAGACGACUCGGACAACAGCGGUGGAUUGAUCACCAGGCUCCUUGACAUCGUGUUGUAUCUCUGCGAGAAGACCCAUGUUGAGGGAGGCAUGGUUUUCCAGCUGCUAGAGGACUUAACAGAAGUAUCGACUAUCAAAGAUUGUAAGGAAGUUUUUGCCUACAUCGAGGGGAAACAGGAAGUUCUUGGAAAGACAGAAUUGUUUGGGCGGGGGAAACUGGUCAUGUUGAGAACUUGCAAUCAGUUGCUAAGACGACUUUCAAAGGCGAAUGAUGUUGUAUUUUGCGGCCGAAUCCUUAUGUUUCUUGCACACGUUUUUCCUCUCUAUGAACGAUCAGCUGUAAAUAUUAAGGGUGUAUUCAAUACCUCUAACGAAACAAACUAUGAGAAAGACCAACCUGACGAUGUGCCUAUUGAUUUCAACUUUUACAAGACUUUUUGGGGACUUCAGGAACACUUCUCUAACCCCGCAGCACUGAUCCCAAGAUGGCAUAUCUUCUCUGCAAGUUUAACUAUUGUUUUGAGCGCCUUUGAUGCGCAGCCUUUGGGAGAUGAUGAUAGCACUUCCCACCAGCUUGAUGAGGGCGAUGACAUGACCUUUAAUACGAAGUAUCUUACCAGUUGUAAUUUGAUGUCUCUCGAGCUUAAAGAUCCCAGUUUUAGGAGACAUGUACUUGUACAGUGCCUGAUUGUUUUUGACUAUUUGAAGACACCCGGUAAAACGGAAAAAGAAGCAGCAAGAGAAAGUCUGAAAGAUGAAGUAAAGGUUUUGGAAGAUCGCGUGAAGCGUCUUUUAGAAUCUACUCCUCCUAAAGGAAAAGAUUUCUUGAAGAGCAUUGAGCAUUUACUUGAACGUGAAAAAAACUGGGUCUGGUGGAAACGCGAUGGUUGCCCACCAUUUGAAAAAAACGUUUCUGAACGCAAAUCGUCUAUUGAAGGGACUAAAAAGAGGAAGCAGCGAUGGAGGUUGGGAAACAAGGAACUCUCACAGCUGUGGAAAUGGGCGGAUCAAAAUCCUAAUGCUCUGACUGAUCCACAGCGAGUGAAGACGCCUCCAGUUCACGAGUAUUGGACUGCUUUGGCUGAGGAUAUGGAUCCUAUGUCUGGUAUUGAAGCGGAAUACAGUCACAAAAACGAUAAGGUCUACUGUUGGAAAGGCUUAAGAUUCUCGGCAAGGCAGGAUUUGGAAGGAUUUGCAAGGUUCACUGAGCUAGGAAUCGAAGGUGUUGUGCCGCCUGAGCUACUUACCCAGGAAGUUCGGCUUAAAGUUCAUGGGAAGUCGGACAAGUCAAAGCAAAAGGCAGCAAAGAAAGGUGACGACGCCGCAACAGUUCCUCCUUCGGAAGAAAAUCAGAAUGGGAGUGUAGCUGUUGACGAUGGAGGUGCCGCACAAGAUGUUGACGACGUGAUUCCGAUGGACUCGGAUGUCGCAGGAGCCAAAGAAGAAGAGUCUCAAGACGACCUCGAGAGGCAGGGAUCGGACCACGAGCCGCUGGAGGGCUUUCCUUCCACUCAAGACAUUUCUCCGGAUCCUCCGGCCGCCAUGGACAAUGAUUCACCUGGAGCUAGAAGUCCGGGGGAGGGCCAGAGGUACUUCAAGAAGCAUUCCCACCCGGAAGGCGACUAAAAACUGCUACAUCUCGGCACACUAGAGCUACAUUUUGACGCGAGAAGCCGGUAUUAAAUGACCGCCCGGCUUGCACCAACCUUUCAGAAGUUCCGGCAAAUCAUGCAGCUAUGGCGACUCCUAUUCCCCGCUGGUGCUGAAUCUCUUUUUCACGUCAAGGCAUGGAUCGUCGAAUGGAGACGUGCUUUCUCUAAGCGCUGCAAACUCCAACUGUAUUUGUACUUUUCAAGUGCUGGAUCAUGGAUGGACGCUGUUAUGGAGUGUUGAGAUACCGCAUCCCUGUAGCUAGCUGUGUCGUUGACAAGAGUUUCGCUCCGGUCGCGCAAGAUCCAAAAGCUCUCCAGCGUAAAGCUGGCUAGCAAUCGCUUUCGAGCGAAGUGAUCUUCGCUAGGAUGGUCCGAGCAAAGGAGAAGACCAAGAAGAAGGAAUUACUCUCAGCUUUGCUCCUUCGCAUCAUACAUCCUUUGUGGGUGGGACAAGACGUUGGAGCUAAGCUGCCAUACAGAGAGAAUGGAUGCGGCGUGUGACGAAAUGGAGCACUAUGGAGAGCUUCAUGGCUCUUUCUCGGGGCCAAGAAGAAGAAAGUGGUCAAGUUGCCCGUUUCUCUUGGACGAUAUACACGA